GACCCAUGCUUCUGCCUGGGCUUACCAGCGGCUCUAUUAGCGUGAACAGAGUCACAAUGAGAGGUCAGGGCAGCAUUUUCACGAACAUAUUCGAUUAUACAAGCCACAACGAAUUCUAAGCGAUGCCAUAUAAUCUGGUUCUCCGGCAGUCAUUCUUGCCUCUUGACUCCGUGCGAUUAGGACGACUUGUAUUGAACGUCGAGGAACCACAGCAGGAUUAUUUCGAUGCUCCUUGCGACAACGCGGUCGAACCGCUCAUCAAACCCCACAUCCGGUAUAAUGAAGUGCAGCACACAGCGGCUGAUCAGAAGUUCGCAUCAAUACUGACUCGGCUGGUGUCUGCGUCUCGCACCAAGCGGAACAAAACAUACACCCAAGUUACAACCGAUCGAGCCAUGACAUAUCAACUCCGGAAUUCCGGGUUAUGGUUCAAGAAUGCUCUUCAAGACGAGUCAACGCGAAAAUGGCUCGAAGAGGCUAUCGACCAAGGAGACGACGUAUAUCUGAUCGUGGGCUACCAUACCCUGUUAGAUGCACGUAUUCUCGAAGGUGCUGCUGCGAUGACUGAGUCUCACGCCAAAGUCGAGGUCCCAGUGACUGCAUCCCUCGCGGCCGCAGGAGCCGCUGUAAUUCCUCUCGGUGAUAUUGCGGACCCUAAAAUUUCGGGGUUGAAUCGGCAAGAGCACAGCGCUCAGAGGCAGUUCGUUGCCAGUGGUGAGCAAGUUGUUGCGUUGCAGUAUCGCAAGGUUCGAUUUAAAUGGUACUCAAGUCGAGAGAUGGACAAUGCCUUCUUAGAUGAUAAUCGGUGGAAGGUGUAUUGGGAUAUGAGGGGCCAAGAAGAGACUGUUAACGAUGUGCUGGAAGUCGAGCUUCAGGACGAACUGGAGCUGGACAGCGAUUAUAAGAAAUGUUCGUCACUGGCUGAGGAUGACUUUCUCUAUUAGAGCUGUAUCAUUGAGUGACCAAGGGGGAAAAUCAUGUGUCAGAAUGAUCAUACGAACGAACGCGAGCUGGUCAGCACUACACUCGAUACCGAUACCUAAUACCACCAAAGAAAAUAAAGAAGUAGACAUCGAAAGCAGACAAGAGGCACAACGUCCUUAU